AUGAUAAAAAAAUAUAGCAUUUAAUUUGCAUCACAAGAAAUAGAGUAAAUAUACAGGUAAUCUCUAUUAAUUGGUAUAAAAUAUCGACGGGAAUAUACAUAUGGAAUAUUAUGUAUCUAUCUAGGACUGAUUAUAAUAAAGUAUAAUUUAUAACACGUUUUGCUACCUCAAAUAUUUGCAGCAGUUGGAAUAACAUUAGAAUUGGCACUGUUCUUUUUUAUGAAGAAAUAUUGGUAAUAGAAGGAAAUAUUAAUAACCCUGAAUAUGAUUUUUAUGGCUGCGAUCUGUGAAAGUUUGAGAUUAUUUGGACUCGAGGAUUACCAAUGGUAUUAUGGUUAACAUUCCACUUCACUAAAAUUAAGUAAGAUAUCAAUCUUAAGCUUAGUAAUUUAUUUGUAGGGAAGUUAGUUUUUAAUUUAAUCCUUCGUUUUCAGUUGUACCCAAGCAAUCAGCAUAUAUAAUUUUAGCAACUAUGAUGUAUCUACAAUAAUUUCUCAUUGUCUUAUAACUUUGAUACUAGUCAUGCUUCGCUAUCAAUAUGAAAUUAUCAGUAGAAAUAACUUUCUUUCGGUGCUUUCCAAAGAACAAUAUGAAAAUGUGAUUGAGGAUCUUCUCCCAUCAUGGGUAGUUGUGUUGAAAUACAAUAAAUUAGCUGCUUAGUUAUAAAUAGAAAAGAUCAAUAAAAAUUUAAAGGAAAAGUUCAAUCUUCAAAACAGUGAAGCUUUAAGAGAUUUUUUGAGAAAAUUAAACCUGUAUGACCUUGAAGUUAAUGGAUUAUCAUAAAAUAUUAAAUUAGAGCAUGGAAUAAUUUAAAUAUUAAAAUCAAAAAGUGAAGACCACCCCGUAUAAAGAUAUUUUGGAAUAUUGGAAAAGGAUGCGAGCUCAAAGUAAUGGAGAUUCAAAAUCAGCUAAGUUUACUUCAAAGCAUUUGAACCUCUGGUAAUUCUAUUAUUUGAAGAGAUUAAGGAGGACAAAUACGAUUAAUAUAUUAAUUAGAUUGAAUAAAGAGAUAAUUAGUAAUAUGUAUUAAUAUAGAUUAAUUUAGUAUAAUUCAAAAGUAAGUUUAUCAUUAAUUACUCAAUAAAUGCAGCUUAUUUAAUCACUGCUUGGUUAAUUAUAAACCUUUACUCCCUUUAAGUAAGACAUUUUGAAUAAAUUCUAAUAGACCUUGUAAAAAUAAACGCAAAUUAGUUAUUAUUUGUAUAAUCUUAAUAAUAAUUUAUUGAAUCUUUUUAAAAUAUCUCAUAGAUUGAUUAAAUACGAAUUUCAAGAUAUCUAAAUUGAAUAAUUUUUUAAAAAUCUGUGUGAUAAUUUGCUUAUUAAUUAUAAAUCAGCAAAGAUUAUACAUUUCUCAACGAAAAAAGAGUCAAUAAAAACAGAUAAGAAUAAAUUAAUUUCUAUUAUUAUGAACAUAAUGGAGUUCAUGAAAAUUUUACUGUCUAUUAUACAUUCAGAAGACAGUUUAAUUUAUUAGAUGCAUCCAAUGAAGAAACCUUUUUGUCUAUCCAUAAAACAGUCCAAAGUGCAUAAAGAUUCCAUUUAAAUUACUUUGACUCAUCCUAAUUUAAACAUUACCAGUUAAAUGAUUACUCUAAUUUAAAAUAUUUAACCAGUUUCUAUUGAUGAUAAAAAAAGAAAUUGGAAUUGUAAGAACUACUUUGAAAUGAUUAAUAAUUUAAAUUAAACACUCUCUGAAAUGAUCGAUCAUUAUAAAAAUGAGAUGUAAUCUGUUACAUCAAUUUCUUUGGGAUUACAAAAUUUCAAAUACCACCACUCUAAUCCUUCAGAUAACUAAAAGAAAUAAUUUAACACUUUGGGAUAUAUAAUGGCCUCAUACUUCAUUAGUCAAUUAGGUCCUUCUAAUAAAGUUAUAUUCAAAUAAGCUCUAAUAGAAAAUGACAUGUUGAAUCCUUAAUACGUUUCAGCACUUUAUUAAACCAAGAUACAAUUUACCAUUUAUAAGGAUUUGCAAAGUUUUUCAAAAGAGGUUUCUCAAAUAAAGAACUUCGCUCCUGAUGAGAAUCAGUAUUUUUCUCCAAAAAAAUAUACUAAUUAAGAAAUUACUGAAAGAUUACUUUAAAUUCAGGUGGAAGAUUAGAUAAAAAGAUUAUUUUGA